CAGGGAGGCCCUGCCCAUACUCAAGAUGGCGCCGCCCUCUGAGGCCUCACCGGAACCUUCAACAUGGCGGCGUUAGUGACGUCAUCCUUCUUCCGGCGUGGACCGGAAGUGGCGCGGCCAUGGCGGCCGGGAGCUCCCGGGGCUGAUGCCACCAUGGCCACCAGCCGCUCGGAGGACGAGGAGUCCCUGGCGGGGCCCAAGCGGGGCCCGGCCACCCCCGUGGGGACUGUCCCCAAACGGCGCAGCUCCUCCAGGUUCAUCAAGAGGCGGAAGUUUGACGAUGAGCUGGUGGAGAGCAGCCUGGCCAAGUCCUCGCGGGCCAAGGGGGGUCCCGAGCCCCCCCCCAGGCCCGGGGGGGGGGCGGGGCCGGCGGGGGGGGGAGGGGCGGCCCCCGAGCCCUCCCCCGGGGAGAGGAAAAAGGUGUCCCGGGCCGUGCCCCCCCCGGCCCCCCCCGGGCCCGGCCCCCCCCCCGGCGCUGCCCAAGAGGCUCAAGAAGAGCAAACCCAGCCCCGCCCCCCGCGACCUGGGCAGGUGGAAACCUGCCGAUGA